GAUAUAGAGUAAAAUCCAAACUCCAACCAUACAACAGUUCUAGACCACCUAUGACCACACCCAUUAGAGCCCCAUCUUGGGUCUCUAGAAGAAGGCAACUUGAACAAAAAAUUUCUCAACUUCACAAAUGCUCAAAUUUAUCACAAUUGAAGCAACUUCAUGCUCAAAUUAUCAAAUCUGAUCUUCAUCAUGAUCCUUUUGUUGCUCCUAAACUCAUCUCUGCAUUCUCUCUCUGCCAUAAAAUUGGGUUAGCCGUUAAUGUUUUUAAUCAAAUUCAAUUUCCUAAUGUGCAAUCAUACAAUACUCUGAUUAAAGCUCACACCCAGAAUUCACAAUCUUAUGAAGCCUUCAAUAUUUUCUUUCAUAUGCUUAAAAAUGGCGUUUAUCCUGAUAAUUUUACAUACCCAGUUCUUCUAAAGAAUUGUAGUGGACAUUGUUCAUUUCAAUUGGUUCAAAUGAUUCAUACCCAUAUAAUAAAGUUUGGAUUUUGUGCUGAUAUUUUUGUACCCAAUUCCUUGAUUGAUAGUUACUGUAAGUGUGGGGUAAUUGGUGUUGAUUCUGCUAGGAAGUUGUUUAUGUUUAUGGAGGAUAGAGAUAUUGUUUCUUGGAAUUCAAUGAUUAAUGGGUUGGUUAAAGGGGGUGAGUUGAUUGAAGCUCGGAACGUGUUCGAUGAAAUGCCUGAGAGAGAUAUUGUAAGCUGGAAUAUCAUCUUGGAUGGGUAUGUCAAAGCAAGGGAUAUGAAUGCUGCAUUUAGUUUGUUUGAGAAAAUGUCAGAAAGAAAUGUGGUGUCUUGGUCUACUAUGGUAUUGGGUUAUACAAAAUCAGGGGAGAUGGAAAUGGCUAGAUUGUUGUUUGAUAAGAUGCCUGUUAAGAAUUUGGUGUCCUGGACAAUAAUGAUUUCUGGGUAUGCUGAGAAGGGAUUUACAAAUGAGGCCAUAUCUUUGUACAAUGAAAUGGAGAGUGCAGGAUUACAGCUUGAUGACGGGACUAUUAUUAGUAUUUUAGCUGCCUGUUCCGAGUCUGGGUUGCUAGAACUUGGAACAAGAGUUCGUUCCUCAAUAGUGGCGGCUGGGUUUAGAUGUAGCAUUGCAGUGAAUAAUGCAUUGAUUGAUAUGUAUUCCAAGUGUGGAUGUGUGAAGAAAGCAUUAGCUGUAUUUCUGGGAAUGUCCGAAAGAGAUUUGGUUUCCUGGAACACCAUUAUCAGAGGUUUAGCUAUGCAUGGAGAUGGAAAUACAGCCCUCAAGCUUGUCUCUAGGAUGAAACAAGAAGGAUUUCGACCUGAUAAGAUCACUUUCAUUGGAAUGUUAUGUGCUUGCACUCAUAUGGGUUUUGUUGAUAGGGGGCUUGAAUAUUUUUAUUCAAUGGAAAGGGAUUAUGGCAUUGUCCCCCAAAUUGAACACUAUGGUUGUUUGAUUGAUCUUUUAGGUCGUGGGGGGCGUUUGAAAGAAGCUUUGGAAGUUGUGCAAAACAUGCCAAUGGAACCAAAUGCCGUCAUUUGGGGUACCCUCCUAGGAGCAUGCCGGUUGCACUUUCCUCUAGAAAUGGCUGAAGAGGUUCUGAAGCAUUCUGUCAAACAUAAUCCAACAGAUGCUGGAAGUUUCUCUAUACUGUCUAAUAUAUAUGCUGCUGCAGGGGAUUGGGUAAAUGUUGCAAACGUUAGACGAACAAUGAAGAACAUAGGAGUCCACAAGCCUUCUGGGGCUAGUACCCUUGCCGUAGAUGGCGAGGUUCAUGAUUUCACUGUCUUUGACAACUCACACCCCAAUUCAGAAGAUAUCUAUCACAUGAUCCAUUUAUUACACCCAGAACUUUAGAAAGCUGGUUAUGUCCUGAUAGCAGUAUAUAAUUAAUAGACCAUCCAGACUGCUCUAAAAAUUGUUUUUACUAAAGGUUGGAGUAAAGGAAUGUCUAAUGGGUCUUGUCUGGUUGGGUCAUUCAUCUUAACUACCCAAAAAGCAAAAUAAAGUUGUUUGCGCUAUGGUGGCGCCAUGGUGAGGGGUAUUUUGCAUAAGCUGAGAGUAGCUUUACUGUACAGCAGAUUAUCACGGUGUUGUCCAUCAUGGUGUUUCUGAGAAUGUAUUAUUUUAGGUCCUUAACACUUUGUUUGGAUAAGCGGAAAUGGAGAUAGAGGGAGGGAUUGGAACUAAUAUGUUCGGUAAAGGGGUUGGGGUAAGGAGGGGAAGACAGGUUUCCGUCCCUCAUUAAUAAACAUCAUCCCUCCAUAAUCGGAGAUUUGGAGGGAAUAUGAAGCUCCACCUUUCCCCUUCCCCCUCCUUCCUUUCUCCUCGAUGUUGCUACCGGAACAACGUGAAAAGAAAAAGGGAAUGGCUACUAUGGUAAUGCAAGUUCAUAUGUAGUAGCGCUCAUUCGGGUUUCUGAUGAUUAUGAGUAUUAAUGGAAAUUCUGUGAAUGUCAAUGUAAAAUAUGUGCUCAUUGUGAUCUAAGCAUGUUGAAUUUAUCAAUAAAUGUACAUUUAACUAUUUA